GUCGGUAUUUCACACCCGGCCCUGCUGCCCCAGCGCCGCCUUCUGCCGCCGUCCCACUGUCUGCAUCACCCCAGAGCCGCAUCCCCAGCGUCAAUUGCAGAGCAGCCCUGCGCGCCCGUCCGCGCGAUCCCCACCUUCCAGGUCGCGCGUCUCCAACCGGGACGGGUCCCGAUUGCCGCGACUCCCUCGGCCGUCCCUCGGAUUUCUCGCUGCCCACCGGCCGCCGCCCGCAGCGACCCUCCCCUUCCACGUCUCGUGCGGGCACUUCCUGUCGCACCCGCGCCAAUGUCGGACACGCACGAGAGCCCCAGCCUCGAGGAUCUCACGCCCGAGGAGGCCAGCCGCAUCAUCCACUCCCACCGCAAGGUGCGCUACGGUACUGCGUGUUGGCCCUGCAGGCAGCGCAAGGUGAAAUGCGACAAUAAGUCGCCCUGCGAGAAUUGCUGCAAGAGGGAGCACCCCCAGUUGUGCUCCUACAAGCCGAACAGAUCCGCCGCUGCGAAGGGCAACUCGGCCGCCUCCAAGCAGGCCUCCGGGGCGAGCAAGAAGCGGGCCCGGUCGCCCGGCGAGCAGGAGGCCCGGAGCCAGAGCAACGAGGACCGCGAGGCCAUCAGCGCGUUCGACCCCGACAACACCGAGACCACGCGUUAUGUGGGCCAGAACAGCAUCCCGGCCCUGCUCCGAGAACAGACCGCCGCCAACGAGCCCCAGGAGGCCCACGGCAUCCGCUCCGACAUGCGCUCCCUCCUCGGGCUCGACAACUCGGCCCCCUUCCCGCUGAUGUCGGCGCGCCAUCUCGACCGGCUGACCUCGGACAUCGCGUCCGAGCUGCCGUCCGACCGGGAGGUCAUGAAGCUCUUCCGGACUUACAAGGAGAUCCCCCAGCCGUUCUGGGGCUUCGUCAUCGACAUCGACGACCUCGAGUCCCGGCUCAUGGUCUACCUCGAAGACCGUGCCAAGAACGCCCGGGCGUCCACCAAGUCGACCAAGCCCGUCUCCGCGUCUUGGCUGUCCAUCCUCUUCGCCGUGCUGGCCGUCGGCUCGCAGUACCACGACUCCCCGUACCACGUCCGGACGCGGGACUCGCAGCGGUACAUUCAGAUCUCGUUCCACUUCCUGCGGCUGGGGAACUUCCUGCUCAGGCCCAACCUGGAUUCCAUCCAAGCGCUGCUGAUGACCAGCUUCGUGCUGCUCAACGACAUGAAGGCCGAGGCCUCGUGGGCGUUGCUGGGUCUGACUUGCCGCCUGGCCCAGUCGCUCGGCCUGCACCGAGCCCAGCCGCUCGACGGCCGGCAGACCCCUGACGCGGCGAGGAAGGAGAUGGCGCGGCGGAAGCUAUGGUGGACAUGCGUCUGGCACGAUACGCUCACGUCCCUGUCGUUCGAUCGCUCCCCCAUGACCAACAUCCCUUGCUGCCCCAUCCCGCUGUCGCCGACCGCCAACACCGAGGGCUGGGCAUACCUCGAAGCCAUGUAUCACCUCUGCCAGAUCAUAUCGCAGAGGCUAAACCCCGAUGCGAUCGCGACCUGCACGUACGCGCAGAUCCUGCAGAACUGCGAGGCGGUCGAGAGCAUCCGCGACAGGCUGCUGGUCCAGCUGCGCAGCAAGGAAACGUGCAAGUCGGCGCUGGACCGCCUGCAGCACUUCGCCAUCCGCCUCCACACGUCGUUCAUCGUCUCCGUCUGCUGCCGGCCCGCGCUGAUGCGGCGCGACAGCAACCGCCUGGACGCGGCGCAGAAGAAGUUCCUCGCGGACCGGUGCAAGCUGAACCUGACCGAGACGGUCCGCAUGUUCCUCGCGAUGCACCAGCUCUCCGUCAUCCCGACCCGGUCGUGGGCCUUCACCUACCACGGCCUGUCGUCCGCCGUCCUGCUGGGCAUCCUGGGCGAGACGAAGGCGGAUCCCGAGGUGCGUCAGCUGCAGGGCGACCUCAUCUCGGCGUUGUCGGCGACCGCCGCGAAGGAGCAGACGUCGCCGCAGCCGCACAUCCGCCGGACGGACCUCGACAUCGAGCUCUCCGGGCCGCUGUCGCGCGCCCUGGAGGCGCUCAAGAACAUCUACGACCACGGCUCCGUCGUCGGGCCGCCCGUCAAGCGGGAGGGCAGCAUCUCGGGCCCGGCCUCGGGCACGCGCACGCCGCUGCCGCCUCUGCAGCCCGGCUUUCUCACCAACGGGCCGGCAGCCGGUCAGGACGCCCGCGCCGCGGCGGCCGCGCUGGACCCGCACCAGAACGCCGCGCUCGCCAUGGCCGAGCUCCAACAGCAGGGGGCGGCCGGGUCCGUGGCCCCAUUCGCGGCAGGCAUCCCCUUCUCCCAAAUGCCGCCCGGGACGGGCCCGCAGCCGCUCCCCGACGUGGCCGGCUUCGAUCCGGCCAGCUACAUGUCGCCGAUGGAUCUGUACGAUUUCAUCUUUUGGGAGUCGCCCGACCCGUUCAACACCGGCCUGGACUCGAUGAACUUUGACUUCCUCGCCCAUCCCCCGCCGGGGCAACCUCCGCAGCAGCAGUUCUAUUUUUGACAUGCCUAGCUUGGAUAUAGGCUCCGCGUAUCUCGCUGCACUAGUAGGUAGCCGGCGAGACCAAGGGCGGGGCCGUUCGCCGCAGCUUCUGAAUUGGUCUUGCUGCAGUCGCAAUCAGAGAAGGUCCGGCCCGGCGCCCAAUGCGGCCGCCUCCAUCCAA